AUGGUCGAUAAACUUGUUUCAGUCGUCUGGUCACUGUUACUCACCACUAUCAGACUGUGUUUUUGUAUAAAAAUGAGCGCACCGGCUAAGAACGUUGGCACCGGCUUGGAAGAUGUCAAUAUACCAGGUCAGGCAUACUUGCGUGAGGCGCUGACCUCCUGCACAGAUCCCUUAAAGGCCAUCGAGAGUUUUCAGCUGGAAAAUGGCGUACUCUUGCCAUCGUUGCGUCCCAUGCUGCCCCUUUUGGAUUUGCAUGGCGUCAGACGUCUGGACUUUCAUACGUCACUGAUGGAAGAGCUAAGAGACAAGUUAAUUGCACACAUUAAUGAGCUGGGCCAAAAGGACCCACGGGAACGGGACAAAAAAUUAAAGGAGCUGCUGGUCAAGAGUUUUCCGGUGGUGCGUGUUAAGCAGCUGCGUCCCGUCGUCAUGGCCAUUCUGAGAAACACACAGCACAUUGAUGACAAAUAUUUGCGCAUAUUGGUGCGGGAUCGCGAACUCUAUGCUGACACGGACACGGAAGUCAAGCGACAGAUCUGGCGCGACAAUCAGUCGCUGUUUGGUGAUGAGGUGUCGCCGCUUCUGUCGCAAUAUAUUCGCGAAAAGGAGCAUAUACUCUUUGAUCAUACCAAUCUGAAUAAUUUGUUCUUUCAGCCUACGCCCAAAGUACGGCGUCAGGGCGAAGUAGUGGAGAAGUUGGCCAACAUGAUUGGCACUAGCGUCAAGCUGUAUGACAUGGUAUUGCAGUUCCUGCGAACGCUCUUUUUGCGCACACGGAAUGUACAUUAUUGUACGCUGCGUGCGGAGCUAUUAAUGGCUUUGCACGACUUGGAAGUGCAAGAGAUUAUCUCUAUUGAUCCUUGCCAUAAGUUCACCUGGUGUCUGGAUGCCUGCAUACGUGAGAAGAACGUGGAUAUAAAAAGAUCGCGCGAGCUGCAAGGCUUUCUGGAUAACAUUAAGCGCGGCCAGGAGCAAGUACUGGGUGAUUUAUCCAUGACCCUCUGCGAUCCUUAUGCCAUUAACUUUUUGGCCACGUCGGCCAUUAAGAUACUACAACAUCUAAUCAACAACGAAGGCAUGCCACGAGAUAACCAAAUUCUUAUAUUGCUGCUGCGCAUGUUGGCUCUGGGCCUAAGCGCUUGGGUCAUGAUCGAUUCGCAGGACUUUAAGGAACCCAAGCUGGACAGUCAGGUGGUUACUAAAUUUCUACCCGCGCUCAUGUCUCUCAUGGUGGAUGAUCAAUGUCGCAGUCUACAUGCCAAACUGCCACCCGAUGAACGCGAAUCUGCGCUUACAACCAUUGAGCAUUCUGGCCCGGCGCCAGAUGCUGUAGAGGCGUAUAUACAAGAGAGUUCGGUGGCAAGCAUUUUGGCCAUGUAUUAUACACUGCACACGGCGCGCACUAAGGAUCGUGUAGGUGUGCUGCGUAUCUUGGCUAUUUUGUCCAGCUGCAAGGAUGAUCGCGCUUAUGAAGAUCCCUUCCUGCACUCUUUAAUUGCGCUCCUCAUACCCAUGAGCGAAGAGUUCUCCACCGAGGACUUUUGCACCACACUCUUCGAUGAGUUUAUAUUCGCUGGACUCACGCGUGAGAAUGUAACUUCCAGGCACAUGCUUAAGCUGCUCUGGUAUGUGCACAGCAAGUUGCCUGUGGGACGUCUCGGCACUUUGAUGAAGGCCAUGCAACCUACUACGGCGCACAAUGAGCACAUUCAUAAGCUUUACGAGACGCUAAAGGAACGCAUUGGCAGCGUUGCACCCCCAGAGACACCGCCCGCCGAGACGGCAGCUGGAUUUGAAGCACCACUCAGUGUACCAACGCCGGGCCCACAUUAUAAUGCUUAAUAUCUAUCCUUAUAUGCUUUAAGUUAGUCGUAAUUUAACAUGUAAGCUUGCAAAUAUUCAGCAUAAUGACAAAAUUAAAUACAGCAGCUGCUUAAGGUGGAAGCACCAAUUAAUUGAUAUCUUAUUAAAAAU